UUGGACAGAAAUUGCUUCAAAAUUACUUUUCAGGAAGCUAUCAAAGCUUACGACUUGGAAUUGGAUCCGCACAAUGAGACAGCGCUUCAACUUAUAGAUCAUCUUACCGAAGUGACUUUUCUGGCAUUUGAGGCUGGUUUAAAGCCAAGUGAUUUACGUAAUAGCAGCUUCAAUUCACGAUGGAGUCUCGCAUCAUCAUUGUUUUUCACUACGACUGUGUUAACAUCUAUCGGUUAUGGUCACCUGAUCCCAAUUUCACCCGAAGGACAAAUAUUGUGCAUGUUUUAUGCGAUUCUAGGGAUCCCGCUAACCUUGAUAACCAUAGCAGACGUGGCCAAAUUCUUGGCAGAUUUUCUUGGAAGGCCUGGAGAUAGCCCACUGGGAGAGGUCAGAGUCACUCUAUUCAGAGAUUGUUCAUUGUGUACUUUCAAAAGUCCUGAUAUAUGGUAA